AUGGAUUAAAAAUAAUACAGAGAAUAAUUGAUGUCUAAUAAUGUAAGUCUUACCUUUUAAAGACUUCUCCAAGAGAAAAUAGGUGGAGAAGAAAUAGUGAUUACAACAAAAUGUUAAUUUUCCAAGGUUGCUGUAGAUAUACCAAUAAGACAUUCUCCUAUGAAUUAUCUUCAUUGCUUAUUUGACAUAGAAUGUUGGUUAGAGCAUUACAAACAAAAUCAAGCUAAAGUUGAUCCAACGUAUAAUAUUUAUUGUAUUAAUAGAGGAUUUACUUGCCCAGGAUGCAAAAGAUAUACUAAUUUUAAGGAUUAUGGAGUAGAUUUUAAUUUUUUUCACAUCUUAGAAGAACUGAAACUCUUUAAAGAAAGGAAUAAGUUACUUCAAUUAAAUGAUUAAUAAUUAAUCUAUCAUCCCAGCAAGAAUAUCUAUUAUGUUGAAACAAAAGUAAAUAAUAAGUCAAGUACUAAAAUAAAAAGGCUGCCUGAGAGAUAUCCACUACCAGGUUGUGUUCCAAUCUUUGGUGUAUCAAGAAGAUAGGAAUAUAUUAAUAAUUAGCAUACAAGUGAAAAUUAAAAAAGAAUACUUGAUGAUAUGAGUUAAACAAUUGUCAAAUUAUAACAACUUUUAUAGAGUAAACUUUAUAAGGUGUUCAAAAAGAAUUAAAAUAUCUCUUUUAAGAUUUUAUAAGAUAAAGUUGCUACAUAAAAACAAAAUAUUAAAUAAGAAUUUGCAAAAUCUUUGAAAAUAAUUUAAUUAGGAAGUAAAUCAUUAAAAGAUGAUUAUGUUUUUGCUUUAAAAAAGAUUUAUUCUAAUAGUUCAAUUUAUUCUAUUGUAUUAAAUUUAUCAUUAUUUUAUUAGUUAAUUGUUUAUUUUAUUCAAUAUGGUAUUUGGUAUGAAUAUCAACUCAUAUUAAAUGGUCAGCCUUAUGUUUAAUUAGAGCAAGCUUUAUAUAUAAAGGGAGAAGGUGAUGAUUAAAAGAAUAUUAUUUAUAUAAUAGGUGGUUAAAAAGAAGAUAGAUUCUGUCAAUCUAAUUAAUGUUUAUAACUCACAUUUCCAAAAAAUCCAUUUUAAUCAAUUGAAGAAUAAGUUUAAAUAAAAUCAUUACCUAAUUAUCCAGUAGAGGGAUAUCAUUUUAUGGGAACAAGUUACAAAGGGUAAUUAUCUAUAUUUAUAUUUAGAAAUCUAUAUGUAUUUUAUGGAUAAAGACAAUAUAAAAAUAGUGACAAUUAAAUUAAAUAUCAACUAUUAAAUUCUUAAUAUAUUCUAAGAAAGAAUGGAUAAAAAUGGGAAUAAAUGAGAAACAAUUUAGUUGAAAGAUUAGAUGGUAGUUACUUUACAAUAAAUCAUUAAUAAUUCGAUAAAUUGAUUGUUUUUUUAGGAGGCAUAACAAAAGAUCCUGAUGGUCUAGCUAAUUAUAGAUGUGUAUAAUAAAAUUCAGGAUAAAUCUAUAUAUGCAAAGAUGAAAAGUUUUUGGGAGCUACUAAAUAAGAAUUCUCAAUAUCAUUUACAGGAGAGGAUGCAUAUCAGAAAAAUAUAUUGGGUUCUCCAAUUUUCAGUUGUCCUUAUUAUGGAAAUAAUCAAUUAAUUUUAUCAGGUGAAUGCUUAAAAUAUAUGAAUAAUUAAUAAAGAGAAAUUUAUACAUUUGAUUGGGCAAGCGCAGUAAUAAAGUUAAAUGAAUUAUUCUCAUUAGAACCUCCUGAAUAAAUCUUUACUUCAUAUAGAAGAAAAACUGUUGGUUAUGAAAUAUUUUCUCCUGUCUAAGAUCCUUAAGGUGGAAUAGCUUAUGGAUAUUUUUUUGUUAUUCAUUAAUAUGAAGUUGAAUAAAAUUAAAAUGAUAAACAACCAAAAGUUAUGACUUAAUUGCUAAAAAUAAAUUUGACAAAUGGAUUAUGUAGUCAUUUAUUAUUAUUAUAGUUUUCACAAUUCCAUAUUAAGAAUCUAAUGCUUCAAGAGAGUUUGCAAAAUAGAAUUUAUAAAAAUUACUUGAUAAACCCAAUUAAUACCUUUGA